CCGCAGGAGGAGAAGAGGAAGAAGAAACACAGGCGAAUCGCUUCGAAAAUGACUUUAGGCACCGAGAUGUCUGACAACUCGGCGCUCUCCGAGGACACGGAUAUCGAUGUGGUGGGGGACCUGACCUGCCCGGGGGGGGGACACGGCGGCUUCCAUUCCGACAACGAUUCGGAUGACAACGUCUCCAGGAUCGCGUCCGAGAGGGUCCAGGAGGGCGAUGCGUCCGGCGGCUCCGAGUCUCACCACCCCCGGGUCGGGGCGGGGGCGGGGGCGGGGGUGGGGGAGAAGCCCGGGAAGAGCGCCCUGGUCAAGCCGCCGUACUCCUACAUCGCCCUGAUCACCAUGGCCAUCCUGCAGAGCUCCAAGAAGAGGUUGACGCUGAGCGAGAUCUGCGAGUUCAUCAGCAACCGCUUCCCCUACUACCGGGAGAAGUUCCCCGCCUGGCAGAACUCCAUCAGGCACAACCUCUCCCUCAACGACUGCUUCGUCAAGAUCCCCCGGGAGCCGGGCAACCCCGGCAAAGGCAACUACUGGACCCUGGACCCGGACUCUGCGGACAUGUUCGACAACGGGAGCUUUCUGAGGAGGAGGAAACGGUUCAAACGGCAACAGCCCUCCGAGAUCCUGAGGGAACACGGGACUUUCCUGCCCGGGUUUGGAUACGGACCUUACGGCUGCGGCUACGGGAUCCAACUGCAGAAUUUCCAUCACCCGCACCAUCAUCAUCAUCACCAUCAUCACCACCCGACUCCGACCGCCUUCCCUUUCCAAGCCCCGCACUGCUCGGUGGCCGCCCCGGCUGGCAUGUUCCAGACCCCGGCCAUCCCCUCGCUCCUCCACGGGGGAGAGAUCACCAGGAAGUCCUUCUACCACCCCCAGCCCAGCCCUGCCUUGCCCGGCCUGCAAGGGCUGAAAGCGGAUCCCAACCAGACCAGACCCUCUUUCUCCAUAGACAAUAUCAUAGGGUCCGCUCCCUCCACCGGACCCGCCUCGACGUUCUCCGCCUCGGCUGGAAGCCCAGCUCAGGUGUUGGCUAUGUUGACCCCAACUCUCACCCCACCCCAGAACCCUCUAAACCUGACCCCCGAAAACCUCCUGACAAGCGGACAGAACUUCCCGAGUAAACUCACAAACCUUAACACUUGUCACUAUUAAACAAAAAAAACAUGUCUCGCC